AUGCUGCUACGUGGCACAAUCUCCGCCCCUCUCCCCUCCCUCCGCCGCCUCACCACCACCACCACCACCACCGCCGCCCCGCCUCCAAACUUAACCGUUUCCCGCCAUUCUUCCCCAACCAGCAGCAAAUACUCCAUCUCCGACCAGGACCUCGACUCCCGCGGCUUCCUCCUCCACCGCACCGCCGCCGACCUCAACCUCGACCACCUCAACAAGGUCUUCGUCGCAGUCGGGUUCCCCAAGCGCGACCCGGCCAAGAUCCGAAUCGCGCUCGACCACACCGACGCCCUCCUCUGGCUCGAGUACGCCAAGACCAACCGCCCCGUCGCCUUCGCCCGCGCCACCGGCGACGGCGUCUUCAACGCCAUCAUCUGGGACGUCGUGGUGGACCCCUCCUUCCAGGGCAUCGGGCUGGGCCGCGCCGUCAUGGAGCGGCUGGUGGAGGAGCUCGUGGAGAAAGGGAUCGGGAAUAUCGCUCUGUAUUCGGAGCAGCGGGUUCUCGGGUUUUAUCGGCCGUUGGGCUUUGUGGCCGACCCGGAUGGGAUCCGAGGGAUGGUGUAUUCCAGAAAGCCAAAGAAAUAA